GCCGUUAAAUAACGUAUAUCUUUUUCUUAGCGUUUUUGUUUUUUCUUUUUGGUGGUGUUGUGACAAUCGGAAAAAAAGUGAAGACGAUUCAUAUUAUUUAUCUUAUAAACUAAACGUUGGCAUAAUUUUUUUUAUUUAUAAAUUGUGUUUUAUAUAUAUGUAACAUAGUGUUGUGAUUUCUGUUAAAAAUGUCUUUGCUUAAUGAAGAAAACAAUUCGCAACGAAAAUCAAAGCGUUCAAUCAUCAAGCCUACUCGCUUCAGAGAAGACGAUUCAUCUGAUGAUGAACCUGCUCCAAAAAAAAAAAAUACAAGUGCAAGCCGAGUCGACAAAGUGCAUUUGAAAAAACGUUCUGGUUCAUCUCGUCAAGCACAGUACUACCAUAGACAAAAAGCAUUGAAGUCUUAUCAUCAAGCAUUUCCGUAUGACGUGUUAUUUCGAGGUUUUCAAGAUGUAAAUAUUCAGGAUAAUACUUCAGCUUCUAAAAAAUCAUUCACUGAGUCAGCCGAAGAUGAAGAACAAGAAGAAGAAAACACAGUACCUGAUAAUUCUAAUGACGAUACUGAACAUUACUUUAAUGCUAACUAUUCAAUGAAGGAUGACUCUCAUUAUAGCAACCUUCAAAGUAAAGAUAGCUCUGAAGAUUUUGUAUCUACAACUUCAUCAGAUGAUGAUAACUGUACAAAUGGAUUGGAAACAGAAGAAAUACAAACAUGUGAAGUAUCUUGUAAAAACCUUCGCGAUCGCAAUCACGAAGCUAACAAUUCAAAACCGUUUUUCAGCUGUGCACUUACUGAGUUUCUUGAUUCACCUAUAUGGAAUCAUAAGUUUUCGAAAAAAGAUUUUAUUCUUACGAGAAUUGUAAAUUUUCUACACUCGAGAGAAACUUACCAAUCGUUGCUCAAUUGUUUUAAAACUUUCAAUGACAUGACCGUAAAUGGUAACUUACCAAAUCACAAACCUUCAUUGUGGCGAGUUUUGGGGAGAGAUAAUACCAAUAUAGUUAAACAUAUAUAUUGUAGUCGUUGUCAUUCGUUCUUCGGUUUUAAAAAUUCUGAAAGAUUGCAGUCUAAAGACUGCGUCAAUAAUACAGAACAUGAAUUCUCCUAUUUUCUUCAGUUAGGUUUGAAAUCACAAAUAAUUGAGCUUUUCUCACACCCGAAUAUUAAUAACUUACUGAGCUAUCGUUUUAAACGUCCUGAAACAAAUACUAUUCGUGAUAUUUAUGAUGGUGAAAAAUACAAGCAACUUUGUAAAGCAGGGAACUUUUUGUAUAAUCGUUUUAAUUAUUCAAUUACAUUUAGUACCGAUGGUGUGAGUAUGGGAGAUACCACGAAUAAAUCAGCUUGGCCAAUAUGGGCGCAAAUCAAUGAAUUGCCACCUCACAGCCACCAUAAACAUAUGAUGUUAGCUGGCUUAUGGAUAGAUAAAACAAAGCCAAUAUUUACAGAUUUUUUACUUCCUUUUGCAAGUGAAAUGCGUGAUUUGUAUACAACUGGUAUUGUAUGGAAACCUGAAGGCAUAGAAAACAAACCCUAA